AUGGCUCCCUACGUAUCGGAAAAUGAUCAUCGAGCAACAAUCCAGCAAUCAGAGCAGGCGAUGGUGGGCUCGGACAUUUUGAGCCAACAGCCAUUGAGUGCAUUGCUGGGUAGCGGUACCAGCAACCGUAGCCAUCGCUAUAAGUGUGAAUUUUGCCAGCAAACGUUCAAGCGACGCGACGAUCACGAUCGGCACCGCUUUUCACACACCGGAGUGUAUGCGUACCCUUGUCUUGAACCAAAGUGUGGCAAGGCGUACUCUAACCGAUCGCACCUGCUACGUCAUACGCGUACGAACCAUCUCGAGCGACCCGGAACAUCCCGUCCCGAGCUGCACUGCAAGCAUCCUAACUGUACGAUGAAGUACACCAGCAAGCACGCCAUGAAGCGUCACUACCAGACGAAGCACGUCCUCGGCAAGCCGUACGCGUGCGAUGUGUGCAACGAGCGGUUUUGGCGCAAGCUACAGCUGAAGCUGCACAAGGUACGCCACACCGGCCAGUAUCCGCACCGGUGCGAACACUGUAACCAGGGUUUCGUUAACCUGAAGUCGAUGCGUAGUCAUCGGUGCAAGCGCAACGCGCAGAAGUGUGCCGACUGCCCUAAAGAGUUUCUCCACUGGUCCGAGCUGGUAGCGCACCGGCGGCUCGAACAUCCCAGCGAGUUCCGGUGUGACAAGUGCGACAAACUUUUCCACACGAAGCGUAACCUCAAUCUGCACGGUCGUGUCCAUCGAGCGCAGGACGAACGGGUGGUGUUCGAGUGUCCCCACGAAGGCUGUCCGAGGUUUUACGAGCAUGAGCGCAAUCUGUACGCCCACGUACGGGCAAAGCACGAAAACCGUAAACGGGUGGAGCUCAUGUGUCCUGUGGCCGAAUGUAGCAGAGUGUUGGCCACCAGGCAGAAACUGGAACACCAUCGAAAGAUGCAUCUUCGUGCGUCAAAGACGUCUGCCCGGGGAAAGAAUACGAAAAAAGCGGUGGCCUUGGAAUGUUGUUGGAAAGAUUUGUCAGAUAGUAAUCAGGCAUGUUCUUCCAAAUCGGAGGAAACAUCAGUCACGAAUGAUAAGUCCAUCACGGGUGAAUCGUCAGACUCAAAAAGCCUACUAGAUGUUACCACCGAUUCGGAAGUGGAGAACAACCAAACGGUCGAAGAUAUGCUGGAAACGCAUAUGAAACGUUUGUGCACACAGCUCGACAUGCUGCAAACGAAUUUAGUUCCGGUGUAG